AUGGCGCCCAAACCGGUCCCAUACGGCUCAGCAGUGGCGCAAGAGGACGACGAUCGAGUCUGGGCCGUCCGUUCUACCUUGAUGCGUAUCAAGCAGCCAGACAAGGUCAUGCCCGUCUCAUAUCAGCCCGCCCUUGUUGAAAUGCAGUGGAAGCAAGACUUGAACGCCGAAUACCUCGACCGCAAGAAGCCGCCUGCCAGUCCCUUCAAUUGCACCAAUCCAGGCCCAUUCACUGGGAGCAAAGAGUGUGCCACCUGCUUGCCGCAAUUCUUUCCCGCCGCAAUGAGCGUUGAUGACGGACAAGCCAAAGCCAUCAUCAACGAAGUCGCCGACAGCAUCAAAGCCGACCUUGCUUUCUUACGCGCAACCUUGAAAAAGCAUGCCGACUUUCUGGUCUCGAGGUGGAACAAGAAGCCGCAAGCAAAGCGCUUCAGCUUCCUGACUGAGCACACUGAGCUGUUUGACAAGAAAUGGGCUGCCAUCCAUCUUCUCGAACGUGUUGGAGCUGGUGAUCUGGACCGCGAAUACCUCGGAGAACGUAACCUGCGCAGGGUCAAAACCCACCGGACCGCAGAUGGAGACUUUGCAGUCUGUCUCGAGCUUCACACCCAAGAGUCUCUGGCAAACAGCGAGAUGCGUGACAAGACUCUGGCCUCACACCAUGACUCCUGGUUCCUGCCUUAUCUUGACGCUGAGACACUUUCCGAGGAUCCCACCCUCUUCCUCAGCUUGUUACACCAUCGCACCUCCAACGACCCUGAGAAGUGGUUGAUGUUUGACAACACCAACAUUGUCCUCGCCGAACACUUCUCCAUUAUACCAAACGUUUUCAACCCCAACUGUGUCGUUGCUCAAGGCCCCGACUAUGGCAAGCUCGUCAAAUGGAAUGCCGAAAAGGCUCAUCGCUGGGAGAUCAUCGGCUUCACCAAGGCUUACCACCUCUUCACCGCUCACCAAAAGAUGCUCAACCUCCUCAGCAACUGUGUCAAAGGUCUACUGGCAGAAGUCGAGGCGCCUACCACACUUGAAGUCCAUCCCAAGUGGGAUGGUAUGAUCGCAGCGGAUUUUUCAAGGUUCAAGACCGACUUCCCUUGGUCCACCGACUUUGUCAAGCCCUUCUCCGAACCUCCGCGCUUUGAUGCUCGUGAGGUCGCCGAGCUCAUCGCAUCUCGUCACCGCGUCGUUCUUGAUGAGCUGGAGCUUCUUCAGACGGACCCGCAGUAUGUGCAGAUGUUGUCGAAAGAAAUUUGUGCCUGCAGAUUCUUUGAGACGUGGCGUGUGGAAGACAUGAUGCCCUGGCUCGUGGACUGUCUCUUUCUCGAGACGAUGCACCGCGAGUCAUACUGGCGCCAGCUAGUCGCUGAAAGCCAGCUGAUGAUAAGCUGCCUGGAUGUCUUCGAGCGAAAGCCGACCACAAAGGCCAAGCAAGGUCUGGAACAAGCCGUCUUCAUCGUGAAUGACCUUUGCAUUGAAACAUUUGCGAUUUUCGAGCCACAAGUCCACGCAGGUCUCCUGGUUGAGAGAGGUUUUGAGCGCAACUCUGAGUUCAAAGGAAGUGCAAAGAUCAAGUCUACGAACCGCAGCUUCACUGCAAAAGACUGGUUCACUGACGACCUUCUCUACUGGAGUAUGAGCACCCUUGGCUUUGACAAGGAGCGUCCCUUCACCAUGGAUCCUGCCUUCAACUUUGCCAUUAUCGAUCGUCUUUGCCGCACUGAUCCCAAAGAAGCCCGUCGCAUUCGUCAGACAAUGCUGGAUAAACUCAGUGAUAUGUCGAUUCUGAGUGAAAUCAUCACAUCCAUCCAAUCAGACACGACUCGCGACCGUGCCGUCUUCACGCAGGUGGGAAAAAUCAUGAAAACCCAUGACACGUCUCCGGCCGACUGGAUCAAGAAGAUCAAUGCAGGCCAUGGUCAAGCAUUGGGAGACACUCUAGGACCUGAUAUGCAUCAGCUGUAUCAACAGUCUCAGUGGCCACGUGGUAAGAAGGAUCUGAAAUGGCUUGACGAGGCUACUGCGGCGCGUGCCUGCCUGACCCAGCUCUGGGAGCAUUUCAAAGAGCUUUGGGUCAAGGACCUCGUCAAAGCCAAAGUUAGCCAGAGACUGAUUGACGAGGACGUCAAAGUGCUUUCCGCCGCGUCGAACUCACGCCAUCAGGAAGAACUCGUUCGGGAGAAGCAGGACAUCCUCGAACAUGUUGCACAGAGUGCUGAAGCUGCCAAGUCCUACACUCAGGUGGAGGUGCAGACUGUCUGGGGCAAGGAGAACCACCAUCCUGCAGCUCUUCCGAUCAGAUCGACUCCUAAGGCACCUCUCAUUCCCGACGCGACCAACGGUCCACAAAACCAGGUCGUGCUCUAUGUCCCGCCCGCCAAGAUAGCUGCCUUGCCAUCGAUCCAACACGUCAAGUCCGAAAGCCUUGUUGUUUUCCACCACAUGUUCCCUGUCAGAGGCGCCGAAUCUCAACGCAGCUUCUCCUGGCAGGACUUUUUGAGUGCCAUGACCGACGCUGGCUUCAGUAUCCUCCAGAGUCAGGGCUCAGCCGUCACACUGAAGCUGGACCACCCCGCAGACAGUGGUGUCAAGACCAUUGUACUGCACCGCCCUCACCCAUCGCCCACGGUGAACCCAGUUAUGCUGAGAAGAAUUGCAAAGAGAAUGGAAAAGUGGUUCAGCUGGCACAGAAAGAUGUUUGUUGAGAGAUCGAAGUGA